ACAUUAUGUAUCAACCCAAAAAUAGAACUAGCUAGCGAAUUAAGGGAAUGGUUUCAAUUGGAAGAAGCUGCAAAAGCAAAAGGAUCUCCAUCGACGCUUUUUAAAAAUGCCAAGGAAAUUCAUAUUAGUGAAAUUAUGCAUAAGUCACAGAAUUCGAUACAGGCACGGUAUUGCACAUUUAAGGCAAAGAUAACUACUAUUUUAAAUAGGCUCGAGCCAUGGUUCUAUGCUUGCAAAGGCUGUGACAAGAAGGUUGAUAAAGAUGUUAGUAAAGAGUGUCUGAAUGACAAAUGCCGCAGAAUCAUUGAUGACCCAGUACCAAGGUACUUAGUUAAGAUUCUCGUGGAAAAUGGCACGGAUAAUGCAAGAGUAACACUCUUUGACGCAGCAGAAACUCUUAUUGGAUGCAAAGCAGAAACAUUCAUUACAGAAAAGAAAGAGAAAAAUAAUCAGAGUCCAUAUUUCCAAAAAAUUGUUUUGAACAUCGGAAAAACAUUCAAAUUCCUGGUGAAGUUAGAUGAAAAGACAAAAGAUGAACGAGACGAAGGCAAUAUAAUAGCACAAGAAAUUCAACUCCAGUCUGAUAUUACAAUCGACGUAGAUGAUGAAGAUGCUACUCUAGAGUUGCCCAGAAAAAAGAUAAAGCGCAGAAUGUGA